UUUACAUACAAUUAAGUAGAAGAAUUUUAUUUUUAUUUUUAGGAAAUACUUUCAUACUAAAUAAUUUAUCUUAUUAAGAUGUGUUCUAUUGGGUUAAUGACAUCAGAUGCUUGCGAAGGCCAACAAGAUGUUAUUGAAACUUUAAGCAAUGAAGAAAAAAUAAUUAUAUCUUUACGCUGUAAUAUUGAAUUAUCAAACUUAGAAAUAUUAUGUGAAAGACAUAAUACAAAAUAUUUGAAAAUGUAUCCUAUAUGGCAGAAAGCUUGUUGUGAUCCAUUCAAUAGACAUACAAAGAAAAUCACAAAAAAUCUUGGCGUAGUUACAAUAAAAGAGUCACAAGUCAUGAUGAGAAAUUGUUUGAAUAUUCCUCCUGGGAAGAAACUUUGCAAACCUUGUAAACAAAAGAUUGCCAGAAAAAAAGAACUUACAGAAGAGGAGCAAAGUAAGAGUGAACAAGAUGAGGAUUUUCUAAUAUCACCAUGCAAAAAAAUAAGACAGGAGAUCAAUAAAGAACUCAAAAAUUUUAGUUUAUCUCCUCUAAAAUCUCAUUCAAAAUCAUUAAUACAUAUACUGUCAGAAGGAAAGCAAAAAGUUGCAUGCAUCAACGAAAUGGCGUAUAACGCUACUAGAAAAAUUGAAACUCAAUUUUCCUCAAAACUAUGUUAUGAAACCAAUGGGAUGAAAAAGAAGGCUGCAAACUUUGAUGAAAUUAUGAGCUUGGUAAAAGAAAAAAUUCUAUGUUCUGACAAACGAACUAUUGUUCAACUUCUAACACUGGCACCCCCAAGUUGGUCAAUAUUAGAAGUACAAAAUAACUUUUCGGUUACAGAAUACCAGGCCAAGAUGGCUAGAAAAAUUUUUAAUAAAAAAGGAUUGUUAGGUAUCUCUCCAUUGUAUAAGGGUAAAGUCUUACAUAAAGAAAUAGAAGAUUCAGUUAAAUUGUUUUAUGACUCAAGUGAUUUAUGUCGAACUAUGCCUGGAAAAAAAGAUUAUGUUAGCAUUCAAUAGAACGUCCACAAACAAAAAAAACUGCUUUUGUGUAAUUUAAAGGAACUAUAUGUAUUAUACAAAGAAAACAAUCCAGAAAUACAAAUAAGUUACUCAAAAUUUGCUUCACUUAGACCAAAGUGGUGCAUUUUGCCAGGUGCAAGUGGUACACAUUCUGUUUGUGUUUGUUCUUAUCACCAAAAUGAUAUUUUGCUAGUG